CCCGUUCAUAGACUAAUACCAACAUAGAAAUGGAAAAUAUUUAUUCACUAAGUUAAUGUACAGUAACUGAGAUCUACUUCCUGUUCUUUCAGCAAGGAAGAUGGCUGAUCAGAGUGAACGUUCGUUUCAAAAGCAGCCUACAAUUUUUCUCAAUCGUAAGAAAGGCUUAGGAGCCAAAAAAAGGAAAUCUCUUCGUUACAUACGUAAUGUUGGUUUGGGUUUUAAGACACCAAGAGAGACAGAGAGAGCAUUCCAAAAGCAGCCACAUUUGAACCUUAACAGAAAAUUUGGGCAGAAGAAGAAAGUACUUCGUCGACAUCGCAAUGUUGGUCUUGGGUUUAAAACUCCCAGAGAGGCUAUAGAUGGAACAUACAUUGACAAAAAGUGUCCAUUCACUGGGAAUGUAUCGAUCAGAGGGCGCAUUCUAACAGGUGUUGUUCAGAAGAUGAAGAUGCAGCGGACCAUUGUCAUCAGGCGUGACUACCUUCAUUACAUCCGUAAAUACAAUCGUUUUGAAAAGCGGCAUAGGAAUAUGUCUGUCCAUCUUUCUCCUUGUUUCAGGGAUGUGGAGAUUGGAGAUGUGGUGACAGUUGGAGAGUGCAGGCCUCUCAGCAAGACAGUCCGUUUUAAUGUCCUUAAAGUUUCUAAAGGGACAGGAACAAAGAAAAGUUUCAAAAAAUUCUAAAUAUGUAAGAAUAAUAUAAAUUGAAUUAAAAUGUUGGUGUCAUUGUG